UUGACAGUUUAACGCGACCUUUACGCAUGCGUGGACGUGUUUUGUAAUACAAAAUAGUGAAAUGUGCCCAGUGGCUAUCCACCCUUUAUUGUAACUGAUAAAGCGGUCAGAUAGUGUGUAAAAUGUUGGAUUUUUUCCCAGUUUUCUAUUGUGGAUUGUGCGAGCUUAUCUAGAUGCACGCUAGUUCCCACAUAAAACAUGGUAGAAAGCUGAUCGAAGAUAACCAACUCUAAUGCUAUUCAAUCAUCUGAUGGAAGGAGGAACUGUAGCCACUAAUACAAUCCUACCUUUCAAAAGUCUUGACGGUAAAGAUGAACGUGAAGGAACUAUAAAGGCACUCUUAAAGAACUUCACCGUACCAGAACCCGAAAGCAUGGCUAUCAAACAAAACCGUUACAAUGAUUGCGUUUACACAGUCCCUAUCAAACCACCAAUGUCAUCAGUAUUGCAGCGACAAACAGUACAAGAAGCGAAACAAGCCUUUUUAAACACAAGUAAUCAUACGAGAUUAAACAAAGAAGAACCUAUUUUGCAUUACGCACAAAUUGCAAUAACUACUCAAAGUGAAGAUAUGAGGAGUACCGGAGGAGGUAAAUUUAAAGAAAUAAAUACUCGAAAACCUGUAGAAAAAUCUCAGCCAAUAGAAAUACCUAACAUUAAAAAGAAAGUGGACCAACAAAGAAAAGUAAGCUUUAAAAUUAAAAACGCAUCUGCCUCGUACCGUCGGCCACCAAUAGUAACGACAAUGACAUUAACGGGAAGUAAAGUAUCGGAGUUGACAAAGAAGUUCAAUGACUUAGUAAACGCAGGUGCACCUGCGUCAUCAAAGCAAUCAAAAUUAGUUAAGUCCAUAGAAGAGCAAUUAGUUACAAGAUAUUCAGCGAGUAACAGUUCUACUCCAUCAUCCACUCUUAGCUCAAGUCCUAAUAUAAAAAUUUUGGUACGCCAUAGAAAGGGAUCCAAGAAGAAAAACAAUAGAAAGAGAUGUUCCAGUAUGGAUUCCAUAGAUAAAUUGUCAAUUUCGGAAAAUUCUAUAAGCAAAAUACGUAUUAUUCGUUCAAAAUCAGACGGUAACAAAAUACCUAAAUCUCCUAAGAAACGUCUAAAAUAUCCAGACUCGAGUGAACAGCAAAGUGGGUCAGAUUCAGUGGAUGGAAGUCCAGAUAAGAAAAAAAACAACAACUCGCCAAUUCUUUGCGAUCCUCCUACGGAUAAGGUAGUCGUGAAAAACGUUAUAAAGAAAUUUGAAUGCGAAAUAAUUGCUCAAUCGCAACAAAGUACCAUAAAAAGACAACCUAGUCAAUGUGCAUCUAAUAAAAUAAAUCCAAUGAGAGAAAAGCCCAAAGUACCUGAGAAAAAGACGUCAUUAGUUGUAACAAAGAAUCUUGUUCUAAAAGAUGGAGUACCAAAAAUUAAAAUUAUCAAACCAGUACUAGUCGAUGUAGCUGCAAAAGAUGAAAAUACUACAAUACAAACAAAUAUAAUCAAAAAGAAAGAACCAUUGUAUGAUAAGAAAAAGUUUAAGACCAAUUAUAUUCAUUCAGAAAAGUUGCCUCUUCAUGUUGUUGAAAUCAUUCAGGAAGAAGGUAUCGAACAUUAUACACCCUUGGCUAAUAAUGAUACCAUAUCGGAAGAGGACAUUUCCAAAGAUUCAAAUAAAAUAUACCAAGACCUCGAGUCACAAGUUACUCCGAAUGAGUCAUUUUUGUGGAGAAGAAAGAGCAGCCAAUUAUAUUCAGAAUCUGAAAUGAUAUCAUCCGAGAAUCCUUACGGGCUUGUCAACGUCACCAUCGAUAAAAAUACAACUAUUAUUUCUUGCAAUGAGAAUUGUCCAUCAUUAGAAAACACUUCCACAUCAGUAGAUAGUAGGAUAGAUGAUGAAUCUCAAAAAACAAGUAAUGAAACUAAUUGCGAAUCUCAAAGCUCAGAUUUUGAAAGUAAUUUAAUUGAAGCUUGUAACAAGGAUGUGAUCGUAGGAUUUACAUCCAAACCACCCAAACCAGAAGUUGAAGAUGAUUAUGAAACUUUAGAACCAAGAGAUGAUGAAAACAUUGUAGUUGUUGCCGUAAAAAGCGAGAGAACUUCAAAAAUAAAUUGUCCCUUGCCUGAAAUACCAAAAUCUGAAAAUGAAUCACGGCCAGUAGGAAAUAUAUAUCAAUGUCUUUUAGAGAUGCGAUCUCACCCUGAGGGAGAUGAAAGCAGUCUACAUAGUUAUGAAACUUGCGGUGUUUUAGAAGAAAGGACCCGAGGAGAUGGAGAUAGUGACGAUGGCUACGAAUAUUGUAAAUCGCCUAUCAAGCCUUACUGCUUAACGUCCAGUGCUGGUAUUCAAAUAGCAGAAGACUACAAACCUUCAGCUAAGAAUUAUGUUAUCACAAAAUCUGUUAGCGGAACGUCUACGGUCAGCUAUGAAAAGAUUGGUUCAGAUCGAAUUUACGAAAAAAUACCAUAUCAUCCCGAGAUAUAUAAAGAGAGUAGUCCAAGUCAGAGUAAACGGCAUUCACUGGCAUCUGAUAACACGAGCUACAACGACAAUGAGAACAUCUACGAUACCAUCAAACACGUCGAGGGGACGCUGUCCCAUUGUUAUGAAAGUAUACCAAACAGUCCUAAUGUGGUGAAACUAAGGAACAAAAUGAGAAAGUUGCCCUCGGCUGUACAGAAGCGCCUAUCUUUUGAUAACGUGUCAAAUUUAAGUGAAUCAACGUUAUCUAGCGAACAGAAAACUAAUAGUAUCUACGGGCAGCGAUCCGUUGUGAGUUACAAUGGUCAAGAGAUUGUGUUCCAAGUGCCUAGCAGCGAAACAAGUGUCAGUGAUCGGAGUGAACGGAGUGACAGGAGUGACGACUGGGUCGAUAUCUCCGAUGAGGAGAAGGCCGAAGAAAAGAAAAUCAUUAUUGUGCAAGAAAGAAGCCGCGGUCGAAAGAGCCCACUAGGCUGGUCCCAGAAAGUUCGUCAUCAGUGGCAGCACUCUCCAAAACGAAGAGAGGACAAAGAGUGUGACAGUAGUGAGUCAGGACACUUGUACGAGUCGCUGGAGCCAGUUCCGCCUCCACCGGCGCUGUCCUCGCUUCCCAUGCGGCCGUGUCCGCCAAUACCCGCGUCAGUACCAACUGCCGUGCCCGCGCUCAUCGACGAUGACUUCGAUUCGUUUGACAGCGACUCGGACUACGAUGACAACGAUAAGACUUUAUCUCCGCAACCGCCGGCGCUGCCUGCGUCAAGGUUACCGACGCCGCCCAACGCGAGCGGACAAUAUACAUUGACAAAAAUAGCAAACGCAGCGCAGAAAAAAAUGAGGCAAAUCAAACGUAACCUUACGAAAAGAUAUUCAGUAGCAAUGGAUGGUAAAACCUUCAUCAAGUCUUCAAAUCAAAAUGGUACCUACGACGUUCCAAAAAACCAAACAAAGACAAAAUCACCCACAUACGCUAAUUAUGAAAAGCCAGAGAACCAAAACGUAUACAGCAACAUCAACUUUGAAACCAAGCCAAAUAAGACUGAGAAUUCCUUGGCGAAAAUCACGGGAUCAUUCAAAGAUGAAUUAAAGACUGUAAUUGGGGAGAAGAAGGAGAAAAGUGGGGAGAAACGUCUGAGUACGGGCGAGAAGCGACUGAGUGGGGAGAUUCCUCCCCCACUACCUGAAAAAUCUCACCCAGAAAAGCCUACUACUCCGAACGAGAUGAAAAAAGAUGGCGGCACGUUAUCGAGGAAGGCUUACUUGUCAUUCAAGUCGAGAUUUAGGCGAGCUACGUCUAUGGCUGUUGACAUCAACUCUGAAAUACCGAGCGCUCUGAAGAUUACCAACUCCACCUUCUAUUUGACGGACUCUAUGGAUGGAGAUUCGGGUUUCAGCAACUGCAGCGACAGCGGUGCGACUCCGUCGGACGCCGCGUCCCCCCGGCGCGAGGGUACGCGUCUCCGGGCCGCGUGGUCCGAGUCGUCGCCGUGCUUGGCGCUCGAGCGACCCGCUGUGCCUCCCCCGCCCCCGCCCUCCGCGCACCACACUGACCUUAGCGCUGUCAACGAAGAGUUGAAGCGGCUGUUGCCGACGUUGUCACGGAAGGAUAAGGCUCCUCGGACCCGCACCUCGUGGUACGCCGAGUGCCUGACCGACGCGGGCACGACGUCCAACUCUGCUUGGUACGCCGAGGCUGGCACUUACCCAGCUGGCAACAUCUCGUCAUCAUCGGGUGCAUCAUCAGCGUCUCACCCAGCAUCGCCGCUACCUCACUCCCUCUUCACCCACGAACCGCUUUACCAGUUCUACAACGCUGCUAAAGUUGAGUCGGUGUGCCGCGGGGGCGACUCGGACUCGGACGCCUACGAGGCGGGCGGCGGGGGCUCCACCCAGAGCUGCCCCCAGAGCUGUCCCCCGCGACCCUCGGCCAUGGCGCUGGUGGCCCCGCGCGGGCCCGCACGCACGCUCUGGUGCGAGGUGCCCGAGGUGCUCAACUCUGCUGUACUUAGUUCUCUUGCACCAGCCCAGAAGAAACUCCAGGAGGCGAAGUUUGAACUGUUGACGUCAGAGGCUUCGUACCUCAACUCAUUGAAUGUUCUGGAAACUCACUUCAUAUCUCAUCCGGCCUUCCGCGACCCAAAUAUACUUUCGCCUCAGGACUGGGAGACACUAUUCUCCACUAUAUUACCAGUACACAAAUGCUCUAAGCUACUCUUGGCUGACAUAGAGAAGUGCUGGCAAGAGAACAUCCUGUUGGCGGGGAUCUGUGACAUAGUGAGGAGUCACGCGGAGCAACGGUUCCAUGUCUACGUCAAAUACUGCGAGAAUCAAGCGCUGAUGGUGCGCACGUUGCAGAGGCUACGGGAGAACUCUAACUUUGCUGCGGCACUGAAAAGGUUGGAGAGCGAGCCGGCAUGUCAGUCUCUGUCGCUGCACUCGUUCCUGCUGCUGCCGAUGCAGCGCGUGACGCGGCUGCCGCUGCUGAUGGACGCGCUGCUGCGGAACCUGGCGCCCGCCGACCAGGAGUACGAAGCCUGCGUGCGCGCCCUCACCACUCUCAACCACUUUGUGUCCCAGUGCAACGAAGGCGCGCGCAACACCGAGCGCGUGGAGGAGAUGUUGCGACUCAGUUCACAGAUUCAGUUCCCGCCGCACCUGCGGAGCACUCCCGACCUUGCCCCCGCCUGCUGCCGCCGGACGCGCAGACCAGUCCGUUGGUUGGUCCGGUCGGGUGAGAUGACUCAGAUGGUGUGGAAGACGGACGAACUGAAGCUGACUUUCGGGAAGAAGUUCCACAAGGUUCCUCUGCAUCUGUUCCUCUUUAACGACCACCUCGUCAUCACUAAGAAGAAAAGCGAGCAGUGCUACGUGUGUGUGGAGCACUGCGCCCGCUCGCUCGUGGACGUGUGCGCCAGUGACGCGCCCGCCGCCGCCAAGCACGGACUGUUGCUGACGCUGCUGGAGAACCACGAGGGACGCACCGUCGAGAUGUUGAUGUCGUGCGCGAGCGAGACGGACUCGCGGCGCUGGGUGGAGGCGCUGUCGCCGCCGAGCGCGGCCGAGGCGGGGGAGGCGGUGUACGCGGGCUGGGACUGCCCGCAGGUGGCGGCGCUGUACGAGUACGUCCCCGCGCAACCCGACGAGCUGCGGCUGACGGAGGGGGACGUCGUCAACGUGACCAGGAAGACCUCCGAGGGUUGGUUCUACGGCGAACGCACCCGCGACGGCGAGGCGGGCUGGUUCCCGGGCUCGUACACAGCUGAGAUCGCGUCCCCUCACGUGCGCGCGCGUAACCUGCGGCAGCGGUACCGCCUGCUCGCGCUGUCGGCCACCUACCUCGGACAGAAACGUCCGCUCUGAACUUACUGACUGAUAACACUUCUCCAAUAGGAAUUGUAUACUUUCAACUGUAAAUAAAUCAUUCGAUAGUUUUUAAUCUAUUAUCAGAUACUGCCGUUUGUGCAAUUAAAUCGUGACAUACCUACCUAUAUGCCGCGUAUAGAUUUAUAAAUACAGACAGAGCAAAUUUUGUAAAUAUUAUCGCAACUACUCCUAAUAGAUCUGUGUUAAGUUUCUUUGAAAAAGUGACAUCUAUAACAGCCUAUACACAUCUUAAUACAUGUAUAAGUAAUUACAUUUCUUUUGUUUCAAUGAAAAAAUAUAGUUAAUAUUUAUUAGUCUUUGUGUAUACAAUCAUACAUAAUAUACUUAAUAAUAUUGGAAAUUAUUAUAUUUUAUAAAUGGAAGUGCCGUUUUUGCACAUUUAACAUGGACCGUCCACUAUGCCUUACGACAUUAACUAGGAUAUAAGUUAUAACUAACAUGUUACAUAGAUUAUAUUUAGGCUAGCUCCAUAUUAUGUGGAAAAUAUCAUAGUAAUUAAUUAUAUAUCUGUACAGUUACGUAUGAGAUUUAUAUUGUUAUUGUAUAUUGAUUACAUUUUUUGUUUUUAUAAUUAUUUGAUUGAGCAGGAUUUUAAACGUAUUGGAUAUUAUGUUAUAAUGCCUAAAAAUUGUCUAUGAACGCUUGUCUGUCAAAAAUUUACUAGUCAAGGUGGAUGUGCUAAAUUGGAAUGGAUUAAUUGGAAUCGAUACUGUAAUUAUUAUUUUUAAAUAUACAUUCCCUUAUUGUAAGUUAUAAGUUAUCAUAAAUGCGUAGGUACUUAUAUUAUAUAAAACAUACCAUGUUGGAGUCGCCCAAAUUAAUGUAGUUUAUCAUAAAUUUUAAUUUCUCGUAA